GAAAAUCGCUUUACAUAAUCAGAAACAGGCGGAGGAGACUGCGGCUUUCGAAGAAGUGAUGAAAGACCUAAACAUUACUAGAGCUGCACGGGUAAGUGCCUUGUUUUGUUGAUUAAUUACUGUAUGCAGCUUGGCUAGUUAGCCAGUAUAACGUUAGCACGUUUUUAUGACAAGUUGUUUUUAGCCAGCUGGCAGUGGCAAGCAAAAGUGGCCGAUUGACUGCCUUCGCAGUUAAUGCUAAAUAUAUGUAUUCUGAUAACCAUCAUAGAUUGGGGCGUUAUUUUGCAAACAUUUGUAAUUUUUUAAGCUAUCUAGCCUGCUAGUGUAGUGAACUGUCUUUGUUUACGUUUACUAGGUAUGUUAGGCUAGCUAACUAGGCUCUAUAGUUAGCAAGCACCUGCUCAUGCAUAGUCAUAUUGCCAAGCAUCAUCAACAUCAAAAGGUUCAGAGUAUCAAGCUAGAUAUCGAUACUAUCUAGUUAGGUAGCUAGCUAGUUACCAUCUACAAAUUGCAAUGAAAACUGAACAUACUUAGCUAGAACAGUUCGACUCACUCAGUCAAACUGGUGUGUAUUUGACACUGACAGAACACCGCACUAGCUAGGAGGAUACAGCUAGCUAACUCCAAUGUUGACAAUGCAAUGGAGUUAUAUCCACCAUAGCUAGAUCACAAGCCAUUUUGACAAAUUACCCAUUAAAUUGUUUUCCAUGUAUGUCAGGCAAUGGGUUUGCAUGUUUACGAAGUACCUACCCAUAUUUGACAGUAGCUAUAAAAAAAAAUAUCGACUAGUUGGACCAUAUUUACUGUUCCAGCUGGCUUGUAGGCGUUAUUAUAGGUAGGUAAUGUUAAGUGUAGCACAGAGCAUUUUCGACCAACCUUUAACUGGGAUACUACCUCAAUUCCCGACUUGGAAGACAUGUCUUCUAAACUUCCAUGUCUAGUUGCAGGGUUCGUUUGAAUUUAGAAAAUGCUAAGACAUACACAUUACCAGGCAAAUCUUUUUUUUCUAUAUUUACAAUAUGCUGGUAUAUGUAGUCGCUUGGGAAACCCAACUACCGAACCAUCCAAUUAUGGGAUUUAUAAGUAAAUGAUCUGGGCUCCCGAAAGGACUGAUCUUUAUAAUACACUAAACAAAAAUAUAAACGCAACAUUCAACAAUUUCAAAGAUUUUACAGAGUUACAGUUCAUAUAAAUAAAAUUGUAUUUGCCACAUGCGCCGAAUACAACAGGUGUAGACAUUACAGUGAAAUGCUUACUUACAGUCCUUAACCAACAAUGCCGUUUUUAAGAAAAUAGAAAAAAAAUUAAGUUAAAAAUAGUAAAUAAUUAAAGAGCAGCAGUAAAAUAACAGUAGGGAGGCUAUAUACAGGGGGUACCGGGACAGAGUCAAUGUGCGGGGGCACCGGUUAGUCUAGGUAAUUGAGGUAAUAUGUACAUAUGGGUAGAGUUAAAGUGACUAUGUAUAAAUAAUAAACAGAAUAGCAGCAGUGUAAAAGAGGGGGGUGGGGGGGGCAAUGCAAAUAGUCCGGGUAGCCCUGGCAAGACGGAGCUGCUCUUCCUCCCGGGAAGGACUGCCCGUUCCAUGAUCUCGCCAUCACGGUUGACAACUCCGCUGUGUCCUCCUCCCAGAGUGCGAAGAGCCUAGGCGUGACCCUGGACAACACCCUGUCGUUCUCCGCCAACAUCAAGGCGGUGACCCGCUCCUGCAGGUUCAUGCUCUACAACAUUCGGAGAGUACGACCCUGCCUUACACAGGAAGCGGCACAGGUCCUAAUCCAGGCACUUGUCAUCUCCCGUCUGGACUACUGCAACUCGCUGUUGGCUGGCCUCCCUGCCUGUGCCAUUAAACCCCUACAACUCAUCCAGAAUGCCGCAGCCCGUCUGGUGUUCAACCUUCCCAAGUUCUCUCACGUCACCCCCCUCCUCCGCACACUCCACUGGCUUCCAGUUGAAGCUCGCAUCCGCUACAAGACCAUGGUGCUUGCCUAUGGAGCAGUGAGGGGAACGGCACCUCUGUACCUUCAGGCUCUGAUCAGUCCCUACACCCAAACGAGGGCAUUGCGCUCAUCCACCUCUGGCCUGCUGGCUCCCCUUCCUCUGCGGAAGCAUAGUUCCCGCUCAGCCCAGUCAAAACUGUUCGCUGCUCUGGCACCCCAAUGGUGGAACAAGCUCCCUCACGACGCCAGGACAGCGGAGUCACUCACCACCUUCCGGAGACAUUUGAAACCCCACCUCUUUAAGGAAUACCUGGGAUAGGAUAAAGGAAUCCUUCUACCCCCCCCCCCCCCCCAAUUGUAAAGUGGUUAUCCCACUGGCUAUAGGGUGAACGCACCAAUUUGUGAGUCGCUCUGGCUAAGAGCGUCUGCUAAAUGACGUUAAUGUGCCCUUGAGCAAGGCACUUAACCCUAAUUGCUCCUGUAAGUCGCUCUGGAUAAGAGCGUCUGCUAAAUGACUAAAAUGUAAAAAUGUAAAUGUAAUUAGCUAUUCAGGAGUCUUAUGGCUUUGGGGGCUAGAAGCUGUUAAGAAGCCUUUUGGACCUAGACGUGGCGCUCCGGUACCGCUUGCCGUGCGGUAGCAGAGAGAACAGUCUAUGACUAGGGUGGCUGGAGUCUUCUGUAAUUUUUAGGGCCUUCCUCUGACACCGCCUGGUAUAGAGGUACUGGAUGGCAGGAAGCUUGGCCCCAGUGAUGUACUGGGCCGUAUGCACUACCCUCUGUAGUGCCUUGUGGUCGGAGGCCGAGCAGUUGUCAUACCAGGCGGUGAUGCAACCAGUCAGGAUGCUCUCGAUGGUGCAACUGUAUAACUUUUUGAGGACCCAUGCAAAAUCUUUUCAGUCUCCUGAGGGGGAAUAGGCUUUUUGUCGUGCCCUCUUCACGACUGUCUUGGUGUGUUUGGACCAUGAUAGUUUGUUGGUGAUGUGGACAUCAAGGAACUUGAAGCUCUCAACCUGUUCCACUACAGCCCCGUCGAUGAGAAUGGGGGUGUGCUCAGUCCUCUUUUUUUUCCUGUAGUCCACAAUCAUCUCCUUUGUCUUGAUCAUGUUUAGGGAGAGGUUGUUAUCCUGGCACCACACGGCCAGGUCUCUGACCUCCUGCCAAUAGGCUGUCUAGUCGGUGAUCAGGCCUACCACUGUUGUGUCAUUGGCAAACUUAAUGAUGGUGUUGGAGUCGUGCCUGGCCAUGCAGUCAUGAGUGAACAGGGAGUACAGGAGGGGACUGAGCACGCACCCCUGAGGGGCCCCCGUGUUGAGGAUCAGCGUGGCAGAUGUUGUUACCUACCCUUACCACCUGGGGGCGGCCCGUCAGGAAGUCCAGGACCCAGUUGCAGAGGGAGGUGUUUAGUCCCAGGGUCUUUAGCUUAGUGAUGAGCUUUGAGGGCACUAUGGUGUUGAACGUUGAGCUGUAGUCAAUGAAUAGCAUUCUCACUUCUGUGUUCCUCUUGUCCAGGUGGGAAAGGGCAGUGUGGAGUGCAAUAGAGAUUGCAUCAUCUGUGGAUCUGUUGGGGUGGUAUGCAAAUUCGAGUGGGUCUAGGGUUUUUGGGAUAAUGUUGUUGAUGUGAGCCAUGACCAGCCUUUCAAAGCACUUCAUGGCUACAGACGUGAGUGCUAUUGGUCGGUAGUCAUUUAGACAGGUUAUCUUAGUGUUCUUGGGCACAGGGACUAUGGUGGUCUGCUUGAAACAUGUUGGUAUUACAGAAAGUGCUGCAUGUCAUGAUACUCACCUGUCUUGAUCAAUGAGAGAAGAUUUGAAAUAGACAAGAUGGCGGCAUACACAUUUUCGGAUUACUUCAUGUAGCAAAACAUUUAUUUAAUUUGAUAACUGAGCAUUUUCUAAAUUCAAACGAAUCCCCUGCAAAUAGACAUGGAGGUUUAGAAGACACAUUGUCUUCCAAGUUGGGAAUUGAGGAAGUAUCAGCAAUUAAAAGUUGGUCAAAUUAUCUGUGCUACGCUUAACAUUACCUACCUAAUAACGCCAAUCAGCCAGCUGGAACAGUAACAGUCUGACUAUGCCAUAUUUUUAAUAGCUACUUUGACAGCACCUAAUGUGUGUAUGCACGCUGAGGUUUGACAGAUUUGCAAGGUUUGAACUUUGAAGGCAGAGACUGAUAACAUGGGAUCAACUAUCCUAUCUUGUAGACCUAUCUUGCAAUGCAAAUAAUUGACUUGUUUUGGUUGGUUACUGGCAAUCAUUCUUGUCAGUCUGGUUUGUAUCAAUGUCCAUGUUAGUCUGUUUAUUCAUCCCCAUAAAAUCAGGCCUUUGUUUAAUCCAUCAUGCAUGCAAUUCAUUAAAGCAAUUGGUGAUCUUAAACAUUCAGUAGUUAUUGCCAGGAGUAUGGUGGUGAACCUGCUAGUUAUGAAUAUCAUAAAGGAAUGGUUUAGGAGUACAGAAUGGAUUUAUGUUGUGGUUUUACAACAUGGCUAUUAUUAUUGUAAUUUUUUUUUUAGAAAUCCAAGUAUCCAUCAUUACACAGCGACGUCUUCUUUCCUUAUGAGGUUGACACCCUCCAGCUAUUAGGCGUAGGCCUACUGACUUUGUCCACACAGUGCUGACAUUGCACAAACUUGAUACUGCCUCGAAUCAAUUAAGAUAUAAACAGUUUACGGGCCCAUAUUAACCUAUACAGUGAGGGGAAAAAAGUAUUUGAUCCCCUGCUGAUUUUAUACGUUUGCCCGCUGACAAAGACAUGAUCAGUCUAUAAUUUUAAUGGUAGGUUUAUUUGAACAGUGAGAGACAGAAUAACAACAAAAAAAUCCAGAAAAACGCAUGUCAAAAAUGUUAUAAAUUGAUUUGCAUUUUAAAUGAGGGAAAUAAGUAUUUGACCCCUCUGCAAAACAUGACUUAGUACUUGGUGGCAAAACCCUUGUUGGCAAUCACAGAGGUCAGACGUUUCUUGUAGUUGGCCACCAGGUUUGCACACAUCUCAGGAGGGAUUUUGUCCCACUCCUCUUUGCAGAUCUUCUCCAAGUCAUUAAGGUUUCGAGGCUGACGUUUGGCAACUCGAACCUUCAGCUCCCUCCACAGAUUUUCUAUGGGAUUAAGGUCUGGAGACUGGCUAGGCCACUCCAGGACCUUAAUGUGCUUCUUCUUGAGCCACCCCUUUGUUGCCUUGGUCGUAUGUUUUGGGUCAUUGUCAUGCUGGAAUACCCAUCCACGACCCAUUUUCAAUGCCCUGUUUGAGGGAAGGAGGUUCUCACCCAAGAUUUGACGGUACAUGGCCCCGUCCAUCGUCCCUUUGAUGCGGUGAAGUUGUCCUCUCCCCUUAGCAGAAAAACACCCCCAAAGCAUAAUGUUUCCACCUCCAUGUUUGACGGUGAGGAUGGUGUUCUUGGGGUCAUAGGCAGAAUUCCUCCUCCUCCAAACACGGUGAGUUGAGUUGAUGCCAAAGAGCUCGAUUUUGGUCUCAUCUGACCACAACACUUUCACCCAGUUCUCCUCUGAAUCAUUCAGAUGUUCAUUGGCAAACUUCAGACGGGCAUGUAUAUGUGCUUUCUUGAGCAGGGGGACCUUGCGGGCGCUGCAGGAUUUCAUUCCUUCACGGCGUAGUGUGUUACCAAUUGUUUUCUUGGUGACUAUGGUCCCAGCUGCCUUGAGAUCAUUGACAAGAUCCUCUCGUGUAGUUCUGGGCUGAUUCCUCACCGUUCUCAUGAUCAUUGCAACUCCACGAGGUGAGAUCUUGCAUGGAGCCCCAGGCCGAGGGAGAUUGACAGUUCUUUUGUGUUUCUUCCAUUUGCGAAUAAUCGCACCAACUGUUGUCACCUUCUCACCAAGCUGCUUGGCGAUGGUCUUGUAGCCCAUUCCAGACUUGUGUAGGUCUACAAUCUUGUCCCUGACAUCCUUGGAGAGCUCUUUGGUCUUGGCCAUGGUGGAGAGUUUGGAAUCUGAUUGAUUGAUUGCUUCUGAUUGAUUGCUUUGAUUGAUUGCUUCCUUUAAGAGUGUGCUCCUAAUCUCAGCUCGUUACCUGUAUAAAAGACACCUGGGAGCCAGAAAUCUUUCUGAUUCAGAGGGGGUCAAAUACUUAUUUCCCUCAUUAAAAUGCAAAUCAAUUUAUAACAUUUUUGACAUGCGUUUUUCUGGAUUUUGUUGUUGUUAUUCUGUCUCUCACUGUUCAAAUAAACAUACCAUUAAAAUUAUAGACUGAUCAUUUCUUUGUCAGUGGGCAAACGUACAAAAUCAGCAGGGGAUCAAAUACUUUUUCCCCUCACUGUAUCUUAUCUCAUCAGGCCUUUUAGAUGUGGUCCAUUCUAUCUUUAGCACUGUGGAACUUUUCUAUCAAUAUUUUGUGUGUAAUCUUUCAUGUAUUAGUUUAAUCAUUCAUUCAUGCUUUCAUGCGAUUUUACUUUGCACAGUUGCAGUUACAGAAGACCCAGUAUUUGCAACUAGGGCAGAAUCGUGGACAGUACUAUGGAGGCUCACUGCCCAAUGUCAAUCAGAUUGGAAAUAGCAACAUUGACCUGCCUUUUCAGGUGAGCUCUCAGCUUCUCUAUCAGUUGGUAAAACUUUGUUUUUAAUUUGCGUGAUACAACAAUUAAAUCUCACCUGAGGGAAAUGUAAUCUUUCAGAGCUUCCAUGAUAGGCUACGUUUCACCCUCGCGUUACCCUAUAUUGUUAACAAGAAUCCAAUUCAAGACACUUGAAAAAAUUGUAAAACCAAGUCUCAGAAGAAAGCUCAAAUUGAACAUCAAACACCCUCACCCCAUUUUGAAAUGUUUAAAAAGAUUCCCAAAAAACACAAAUACAAGGAGCCUUUGUCAUUGCUUUCUAUAUCAUGGCUUUCCAUUUUUUUAAACAUGUUUGCUAACUUGAGCAUGAGUAUGAGGGCCCAUAACUUGACCCAUUUUGAAAUGAAUACAUUUGCACCAUAUUAUAUCAAGACAUUUUAAUUCUAAAUUUUUGUGUGUGUUUCAAAUGCCCAAUUUUUCUUGUAUGGUUGAUUUUGCGUAUCCUGUCCAGAAUUCCGCUUUGGACACCAGUCGGUCGACCAGGCAUCACGGGCUGGUGGACCGUGUUUACCGCGAUCGGAACCGCAUAACCUCCCCCCAUCGCCGGCCCAUCUCUGUGGACAAACAUGGCCGCCAGAUAUCCUUCGACUGCACUCAGCUUAUUAUUUUGGAGUAGAACAGAAUGGUCUUUACAAAACUUUCACUUAAUUAGUACUUGUUUAAAACGGCAUGUGUCAUUGUCAGAUCAUGGUUACAGUUGGAUUUUGCACUUCGGUAGAUGAAUACUGAUAGUUAACUUGACCAUUCAAUUAUAGGGAUUUAGGUUAAUCUCACCACCAUUUUCGUCCUUAACUGAGAUCCACAUUGACAGCUGCCCCUAUAGCUCAGUGUACCUCUCACCCCCACCGGAUACAAGUUGGAGGAGGUAGGCCAUUAAUUACCUUAUAUUCACACAAAGAAAACUAGGGUUUGUAUUUAAUCUAAAUUCAGGAAAAGCACAGUACAUGCAAUGUCCAUGUAAAUUGCAUUUUUUCAAUUAGAAAUGGCAUGCUCAAUUUAACUGACAUUUCUUUUUACCCAGAGGCUGACAAAUAGCAUGCCACAAAUGAUGUUGGGGAAUAGGGGCCACAGAUAUAUUUUGUUGAUCUCUCUUCGUUCUAAUGCCACAGGACAAACUCCGACUCAGCCCUACACCAGAACACCAUGAACCCUGUGCCCCAGGAUGCGUUUGCAGGGGGAUCACAAGAGCUACAGCCUAAACGAGGUAAUGGAGGAUCCAGUUACAUGGACACGGAACAGCUUCUAUUUAUUCAGGCCUGAUCCAAUUUAUUCAUGCAUGAAUCCACAUGUCCUCACGAAAGGGUAAGCCACUGUGGAAUCUUCUGGAUAAUUUAUGACAUGAAGGUGUUGUGUUCCACAGUUUUUGUCCAUGUUGGAGCAGCUAUUCUCUUUCUGUGAAGCGAUCACAUUUUGAUUUAUGUGUUCAACCAACUACUGCUUACUGAUUUGUUGUAGUAUUUUGAGUUAAAUUGUGCUAAACUAAGUAAUUUUCUUGAAGGGAACUUAUCUCCUCUGGGAAUGGUCUCAAUUGAAAUUCCUCAAGAUGACACAGGAAAAUAGAUCUAUAAUAUUGUCUUCUGAAAACUGGAAGUAUCUAGCUACCUGUUAUGGAGAUCUAACGGGUGUUUUUACUGUACCCAAAACCAUUAUGCAAUUUAAUUUCACUACAGGAAGAAUGCUACUCUGAAAAUACUGCAAUGUGGGUUGAUUUGAAUUUAGCUUAGUACCUUAAAUUGUCAUUUAUAUUACUCUUUCACCAUUUAGUGCUGCUGCUUACGGUGCCUGGGACUGAGGAGUCUGAAUCAGGCGCAGACAAGGAUACACAGUGGGAUAACAAAAAGGUAAAGGAGUUAAUAUGUAGCCUAGUUGUAUCAGUGCUUGCUCACCAUUUUGGGGAUUUUUUAAAAUGCUGAGUGUACUUUCCCUUCAGAAUGACUCAUCAAGAAACAAGUCCUGCGAAGUCCCUGGGAUCAAGUGAGUAAUUGCUGCACAUUCUAUCAUUCAUAAAUCUGAAUAUGGUGCUCCGGCAGGACCAUACCCUGUAGAAAGGUGCUUUGUGAAAAAGAUCUGUCCAGGGCAUGCUUAGAAUGAAUUAUGUUCAAAGAUGACUUGGUGAAGAGAAAAUGUGUCUGUGUGAGAGAGGACCUAUGACACCAUAUAACUAGCAUCUGUCAUUUCCACACACACAACAACGAGAAAUGUCAUCAUUCAUAAAAACAAACAAACAACAGUCAUUUUCUAAUGGAUUGUCUUUUGUCAAGUGCUGUUUUAGGAAAUGUGUAUCCCUUUUCUUUCUCCCCUCUAGUAUAUUUCCAUCACCAGAUCAGGAAGUGAACACGUCAUUGAUCCCAGCCACGCUGAAUACGGGAGGCUCCCUGCCUGAUCUGACCAACAUCCAGUUCCCCCCACCGCUGCCCACUCCGCUGGACCCAGACGACACUGUGGCGUUUCCUUCCCUUAGCUCUUCCAACAGCACAGGCAACCUGACCACCAACGUCACCCACCUCGGCAUCAGUGCUGCCAGCCAUGGUAAGUAAUCGUUGGCAAAAUGAAUGUGGCAAAUUAAAGGUAUAUGAUAUUCGGAUAAAAAAUUUAACCAAGGAUACUCUAUGGGUUUUCAUUAAAGGCACCAAGCAAAUUUUGUAACAAAGUUACUUUUCUGAUCCACCUUCCCGAACUCCAUGCACUGAUAGGCAGCAACCUUUCUCCCUUUGUUUGAGCAUGGCUGUUUUUUGAGGACAUAACAUCCAAAAACCUGACUUUGACAAUCAUCUACAUACCUUAGAAGAAUAACCUGUUAAUGUAAUAACUGCAUGGUGUACAAUGAUAAUCAUGUGAUACAACUACAUUGUCCUUACAAGGUGUUGUCAUUACCCUGCCAAAUCCCAAUCACAAAUAUUGCUUCAAGUGAAGCACUGCUGAAUACAAGCUGCCUACAAACACUGGAGUGCCUUGAACGUCUUGACUAGACUCAGUUUCCCUCCCCUCUGUCUCUGGAAAAGAACAUGCUCAGCUGGCUGGCAGGAGUAUGGAUGACUCUCCUGCUCCAUGUGCAUCUCUAGUUAAAAUUAAGAGAAUAUAGAUUCUAUACUGAACAAAAAUAAUACCUUUGAUGGCCACUGGCACGCUGGAGAAGUGUGCUUUUCAAGAAUUAAUCCCGGUUUCAACUGUACUGGGCAGAUGGCAGACAGCGUGUAUGGCGGUUUGCUGAUGUGAACAGAGUGCCCCAUGGUGGCAGUGGGGUUAUGAUAAAGGCAGGCAUAAGCUACAGAUGACGAACACAAUUGCAUUUUAUCGAUGGCAAUUUGAAUGCACAGAGAUACUGUGACGAGAUCCUGAGGCCCAUUGCCGUGCCAUUCAACCGCCGCCUUCACCUCCUGUUUCAGCAUGAUAAUGCACGCCCCCAUGUCGCAAGGAUCUGUACACAAUUCCUGGAAGCUGAAAUGUCCCAGUUCUUUCAUGGCCUGCAUACUCACCAGACAUGUCACCCAUUGAGCAUGUUUGGGAUGCUCUGGAUUGACUUGUAUGACAUCGUGUUCCAGUUCCCGCCAAUAUCCAGCAACAUCACACAGCCAUUGAAGAGUGAGACAACAUUCCACAGGCCACAAUCAACAGCCUAAUCAACUCUAUGCGAAGGAGAUGUUAUGUGCUGCACGAGGCAAAUGGUCACACCAGAUACUGACUGGUUUUAUGAUCCACGCCCCUACCUUUUUUUUAAGGUAUCUGUAUUCCCAGUCAUUUGAAAUCCAUAGAUUAAGGCCUAAUGAAUUGAUUUCAAUUGACUGAUUUCCUUAUAUAAACUGUAACUCAAUAAAAUCUUAAAUUGUUGCGUUUUAUAUUUUUGUUCAGUGUAUUUGAGGAAGAACCAUUUCAAUACUGCGAAGAUUUCACAGAAUGAUUACGCAUCAAGUUACAGAAACGCCAUUUGCCAAGCUUACUAAAGCUAGAUGGGUGGGUACUUUAUUACUUAGUGAUUGGCAUAUGUGGAUGUAUGCAGACGAUUGACAAAGUCAGAAACAUACAGCACCAUUCCCUAGAAAAUCUGUUCAAUGUAGUUGUGAACAUGUUACAUAGCAUUACAGAAAUGUACAUUGCAGAAAUGUUGCAUUGCAAAGCAAUGCCCAGAACAAGUUUUGCUGUUCUUCAGAGAAGUCACUUGUGCCUGUACUGUUGUGUCUUGGCAGGGAACACCACCACCUCUCAGCCUACAAUGACUAUGGCAGCCCAGCGCAGGCAGCCCACCCUGAUCCCCCUAACCCUCAACGCAGACCCCCAGCCACAGCAGUCCCCGCAGCAGCUCUCCCCCACGCUGUCGCCCCCUCUCAACAUCCAGGUGAAUAGUCCCGACGUGACCAAUGCUAUCCAAUCCCUGGACAGCAGGGCCAAGCAUUAUUACAUAGACAAAAACCUAAACGUCCCUUGUUGAAUACAAUUAUAUUUCAGCUUACUCUACCAAUUGUCCGUGGGGUUGGCUCUUAUAUAGGGCACAUUUUAUAAUAGUGCUGGAGUAAACUAAACAGCUAUGUAGACAGAAAUGAAAUUAUAACUCAACCCUAAAACUGGUGGAAGUAUUUUUCUCUUACAUGGCUAAAUCCCUAUGCGAGGUGAGCAAGCGAUGCCUGCCAGAUGUAGUUUGGCCUUGUUUCCUGGAAUGACCCGGCUAGCAAAGAUCCCUCGAGUAAUUUAGUGCUUUCAAUUUCUCGAAGAAGGCAUUCGAUCACAAACAAUGCUCCGAGUGUGAGCUACUUUCAAAUGAAAAACAUUAAUCUUCCUCCGCCCAUGGCUCCAGUCUUGACUGUUACCUGUUCUGACCAUGACCUGAGAAAAUGUUUUAUAACAUACUAAGUCUUUGUGCCACUGGGCAAAAACUAGAUCCUCACAAGAUAUUCAGCCACUCUUGUAAUGCUGAGUGUACAAAACAUUAAGGACACCUUCCUAAUAUGGAGUUGAACCUAGUGUGGCGGUCAUGACAUUGUCAAGGUAAUAACCAAAUAACCAGGAUCUCUAGUGGCACAGCUAGCACUGCAUCGCAGUGCUAGCUGUGCCACUAGAGAUCCUGGUUCGAAUCCAGGCUCUGUCGUAGCCGGCCUUGACCGGGAGACCCAUGGGGCGGCGCACAAUUGGCCCAGCGUCGUCUAGGGUAGGGGAGGGAAUGGCCGGCAGGGAUGUAGCUCAGUUGGUAGAGCAUGGCGUUUGCAACGGCAGGGUUGUGGGUUCGAUUCCCACGGGGGUAUCAAAAAUAGUAUGAAAAAUAAAAAAUAAAUGGAUGCACUCACUAACUGUAAGUCGCUCUGGAUAAGAGUGUCUGCUAAAUGACUAAAAUGUAAAUGUAAACACAUUUAGCAUCUCCUGGCUUCCACGCAUAGCCUACAAGCCACUGAUGUAGACCUUUUGAACAUGUACAUUUUAGUCUAAUAAAUCCAUGUAAUAUAGCCUACACCAUCACAAUAAAUCCAUUAUUUAUUUUAGACAGGUCUAAAGAAACAUAUGAAGAAAAUGUAGUCCAUUUCAGAAGAAAAUAAUAGCAUACUCUGAGUUGUCUUUAUGUUAGGCCCUGAUAUGGCUAGACAAGAUUUGCUUAGAAUUCCAUGGCAUUAUUGUAUAUUAUUUUAUAGCAUGAAGAAUACAAUUGAACAUAGCUGAAUAAAAUAGAAAAUAUAUUUUCUCCAAACGAUUUGAGGGAGUGCGCGGAUGCGGCUAUUCUGUGUUGAGCGGUUAACAAAGAAACUCCUAUAUGCUUAAUUUAGAGUUAUUUAUGUAACUUUAGUUGUGAUACAAAUGUUGGGCUAAAUGUUUAGAUUUUUAACAAAAAUCUAAGGCUGCAUGAUUCGAUUCUCUAAUGAUUUGAAAAAAGUCUAAUGAAAGGCAUGAGCUCAGCUUAGUUUUUUGCGCAGGCUGUACACUUCAUCAGUCUCUCAUUCACAAUUUGACAAGCACUUGAUAAUGCCUUGAAUUUCCCGACUGCAUCCCCUUUGUGUGGCAGUAAUGCCCCCUAAAAAAAUCCAUGCCUUUUGUGGCCGUUGUGCCCUUGGGCUGAAUAUAAUAAGUAUAAUUCCCUUCUCCCGGCUGCGUGCUGAAGCAUCUCUCACUCACAUGGCUCUACGUCAAGUGAUAGGGUCUUUCACACAGGCUACAAGUGAAGACAGACACAUCAGGGACGCAACUGCGCGCGUCCUUAUACAAUUCCGAGGCCCGUAUUGAAGAUAUUGGAAGAACUGUCCACAUUUACUUUUCGUCAGCCAACAAGAUGAGUAGGCCUAACGAACAGCAAAAGCACUAGCCUAUGUUAAUCUACUAUCCCCCAUAGUACAAAAGCUGACCUUUUCUGUGCGAUAAAUAAAUAUUGCAAACACAGUUGUGGGAUGCGAACCCAAAUGAAUACAACUAGCAUCAAAAAACCUGUUUUAAGCAAUGAGCCUGACGCAACCGAUGAGAACGUUUAGCUUAAAAUGUUGAUACACUAUUAGGCAAGUUCUUCACAUUAUAAGCGCAGCAAUGCGCACACGGCAGUAGGCUAAAAGCGCGAAUGGUCCAUUAGCAGGAAAACACCAUUCUCAAAAGUGACCACAAAUGCGAUUUAUGCAUGUAAUGCUUUUAUUAUAAAGGUGCAUUUUUAUGGUGAAAAUGAUCUUCCCCAAACUUGAAACUCACGUGCUGCUUAUGUAUGCCAGUUAGGCUCUUACACCCGUUGUAAAGAUGAUUUAAUGUGCUUAAUUUUAAGAAGUUAUUUGGCCACUUUAGUUGUGAUACAAACCUUAUCAAAACAUAUAGGCCUAUGGGCUGGGCUAUAUGAGGUGUGCGACUAUGAUUUGAAAAAGUCGGUCAAAAGAUAGCAUGCGUGUUUCUUGCCUUAAGCUGAGCAUCAUUCACAAGUGAUACAAAAUCAUUCCCAAGUGAUGGGCUAAUAUUGUCACCCAUCACACUAUUCUUGAUUUAAUCUAGUCUUUACAUAUACUAAAUAAUAUGUGUGAAAUUUGCUUUGAUUUAGAAUGGACCAUUAUCAUGCACCUGUCUCGAAACAGGGGCAGCGGGAAAAAAAUCAAUGUCAUCUAUGCACUUAAAUAGCGAAUGGAGGACGCUUUUCCCGUGGUUAAUUUUCAUGCCAGCCAGGUAGGCUAUACUCCUUUGUUGUAAAGAGAAGCAAUGUGCUUAAUAUUAGGAAAGUUGAGAAAUAAAUAUAGUAGGACUAGCCUAUAGAAAGCUGAUGGGAUCCUCCUUUCUUUAAUAGAGGCCAUCACUCUGUUUUCUCACGCAAUUGCAUAGCCUAUAGAAAUGUUGCCCAACAUGAGCUCAUGGGCUCUCGUGAAGUGUUUGAUUACAUUUACAUUGAUGUCAGAGUGAUUUAGAGGGACAAUGGAGUGCUGAGUACCACGCAGUCAGCAAGUUUGAUAGGCUACUAAUGACCAUCAGCAGCACGUGGAAUUUGACUGCCGUCAUGACUUGUGACCGAUAGUACGGUCACCGUAACAGCCCUCAGAACAGCCUUAAUUCAUCGGGGCAUUGACUCUAAAAGGUGUUGAAUGCUUUCCACAGGAUGCUGGCCCAUGUUGACUCCAAUGCUUCCCACAGUUGUGUCAAGUUGGCUGGGUGUCCUUUGGGUGGUGGACCAUUAUUGAUAACCACAGGAAACUGUUGAGCGUGAAAAAACCCAGCAGGGUUGCAGUUCUUGACACAAACUACUACCAUAACCCAUUCUAAGGCACUUAAAAUAUUGUUCUUGCCCAUUCACCCUCUGAAUGACACACAGACGCAAUCCAUGUCUCAAUUGUCCCAAGACUUUAAAACUAUUAUUUAACCUGUCUACUACUCUUCAUCUACACUGAUUGAAGUGGAUUUGACAAGUGACAUCAAUAAGGGAUCGUAGCUUUUACCUGGAUUCACCUUGUCAGUGUAUGUCAUGGAAAGAGCAGGUUUCCUUAAUGUUUUGUACACUCUGUGUAUAUUGGAGGAAAAUGUAAGCUCAGUAAAAGGUCAUUCAUAUUUUCUUUUUUUUAAAUCUUCAUCUGGGUGCUAUAUACUGCAUGAAGAUAUACAGUAGGUAAUGUACAGGUAACUGCCCAAAUAAUUGAAACACAAGUAAAUGAGGGACACAAAGUAUAUUGAAAGCAGGUGCUUCCAUACAGGUGUGGUUCCUGAGUUAUUUAAGCAAUUAACAUCCCAUCAUGCUUAGGGUCAUGUGUAAAAAUGCUGGGAAGACCAUUUAUAUAUGGCUACCAUGGCUAUGCCCCCAUAGGGUGAUAAUACCCCCAUCCACAGGGCACGAGUGGUCACUGAAUAGUUUGAUUAGCAUUCAAAUUAUGUUAACCAUAUGCCAUGGCCGUCUCAGUCACCAGAUUUCAACCCAAUUGAACACUUAUGGGAGAUUCUGGAGCGGCGCCUGAGACAGCGUUUUCCACCACCAUCAACAAAUCAACAAAUUAUUGAAUUUCUCGUGGAAGAAUGGCGUCGCAUCCCUCCAAUAGAGUUCCAGACACUUGUAGGAUCUAUGCCAAGGUGCAUUGAAGCUGUUCUGGCUUGUGGUGGCCCAAUGCCCUAUUAAGACACUUUAUGUUGGUGUUUCCUUUAUUUUGGCAGUCACUUGUAUGUUAAACCAGUUAGUUUUUACUAAUGCACUUUUUAUUAUUAUUUUGAGUGACAGCCCACAGGUACAAGACAAUAUAUGAAAAUAGUAAAUGCAAAUAUGAUAAUUUAAUAUAUUAAUAUAUCUGAAUUAAUGACUUUGAAUUUUAUAACCGUACCUGUUACCCCCGUCUGAAAAAAUGACAAAUGAAAUAAAAAGUUGGUCACAAAGCAAAAAAAGGUGUAAAUGUAAACAUUACUGGAGCCACCUUAUCAGUUUUGGCAGCGUUAUGUUUGCUAGCACAGUGUUUUCCACAAGCACAUGGAGUAGCCAGCCCCUAUAGAAAAAGUAGCCAGCCAGGAUCCCCUGAAAAAAUGGAUCUCUAAAAUAAAUAGAACAGAUGCUCAAAGAAGUUCUGGGUCCAUACAUGUUAAGAGAAGUGAGAGAACGGCAUCAGUGAAAUAAUUUCUGCAAGUGUUUGCAACUCUCUUUGUGAAUUACAGUAUGUCAUUCAUUCUAAAAAAUACUUGUUUAACAACUGACCCACAGAUUUUCUUCUUAAAGAAUCUUGUAAGAAUCUGCUGACUUCCACAUGCUUCAAGCUUCCUUUUAAGAGGCAUUUUCUCAGCUAUCUGCAAUACAGGUAGGUUUGAAUAAUGAAGCAGGUGUUAAUCAUGGACUUUGCUACACAGAAAGCAGCAGUUGACUACUCCAUUGUAAACACUGAUUAAAUCAGUAGACCUACAUAGAGUGUACAAAAUAUUAUGAACACCUGCUCUUUCCAUGACAGACUGACCAGGUGAAAGCUAUGAUCCCUUAUUGAUGUCACUUAUUAAAUCCACUUCAAUCAUUGUAGAUGAAGGGGAGGAGACAGGUUGAAGAAAGAUUUUUAAGCCUUGAGACAAAGAUUGUGUAUGUGUGCCAUACAGAGGGUGAUUGGGCAAGACAAAAUAUUUAAGUGCCUUUGAACGGGGUAUUGUAGUAGGUGCCAGGCGCACCGGUUUGUGUCAAGAACUGCAAUGCUGCUGGGUUUUUCAUGCUCAACAGUUUCCUGUGUGUCAAGAAUGGUCCAACACCCAAAGGACAUCCAGCCAACUUGACACAUGGGCCAGCAUCCCUGUGGAACGCUUUCGACACCUUGUAGAGUCAGUCCAUGCCCCGGCAAAUUGAGGCUGUUCUGAGGACAAAAGGGGGUGCAACUCAAUAUUAGGACGGUGUUCCUAAUGUUUUGUACACUGUGUAUAACUACAUUGUAUGAUUUAUGCAUGGCAAGGAUAUGAGAUCAACUUUAUUCAGUCAGUUCGAUACAAUUUAUAAACUAGUCAAGCUUGCUGUUCGUCAAUCAAAUCACAGUAAGCCUAUACACCAGCACUUUGUGGCUGCAUAUGAAACUUGCCAAAUAAAAUAAAAGAAUGUGCCAGAAAACAAUAGGCUAAGUGGAUUUUGACUCAUCGUUACCACAUUAUAUGGGACGUGCAAAUUGAUUCACAUAGACGAUGAAGGAGCAUCAUGCUUUCUCCCUCCGUGUAAAGAAAUCUGACUGCAACCACAGUGUACACAACACACACACACAGGUACCGGGAGAGGGCAUACUUAUUUCUGACUUGCAAAUUAUACAAAAAAAGUAGCAUUGUUUAAUUUAAAGCUGCAAUAUGCCACUUAUUUUGGGCGACCUGACCAAAUUCACAUAGAAAUGUAAGUUAUAGAACUGUCAUUUUCAUUGAAAGCAAGUCUAAGAAGUGGUAGAUCUUUAUGUGUGCUAUUUCUAUGCGUCCUGUUCUUAAGUUUAGUUUUUGCUUCUUUUACUUUCGGUUUUGUACACCAGCGUCAAACAGCUGAAAAAUAUAAUAUUUUUUGUUAUGGAAAAUAUAUUUCACAAUGGUUUAGAUGGUACAAUGAUUCGCUACACUAUACUUGCUUGUUUUCUCACAUAUAAACUGAAAUUAGGCGAACUAUUAGAAAUUUAGCAACCAGGAUAGGAUUUCUGCAUAGUGCACCUUUAAGUGGAAAAAGUACCCGGCUUGAAAAUGUGUGUGUAACCAGCUGUACAGCCGACAGCCAGCGCUAGUGGAAAACACUGCUAACAAAGAGCUGUGCGUUAGCUAACUAACUCUAAGUUAAUUGUUUCACCUCACAGUUAGCCAAGUUAGUUAGCUUGCUUACUAAAAUGAAUUGCAUUUUAAUUUUACCAACCGCUCAUACACUAUUUUGCUAGCUACUGUAACCCUGUCCUAACACUGUCGGAUACCUUGUUUUCAUUGUUUCACCCCAAAAUCUUGCAGUUUUUAGCCUGGUAAAAAAUAUAUAUAUAUUUUUUUUAAUCAUUACCAGGCGGUGGCGAUGGAGGCCUUUACUCUGGAGCAACAGCUAUCCCAGUAUGCUUUCUUUAGCCAGCUGACAGCGCAGGCCCAGGCCCAAGUGCUCAAUGACCUGCAGCAGCAAGCCCUGCCCCAGGGCAUCAGGCUGAUCACCCUGGCCACCACCACUGCCCCCACAGCCACCCAGUCCUCCCAGGACAGCCAGAUCCAGACGCCCGCAAGCGUCAACAUCAACUCGGUGAGUCGCACACUGUAGAAAGAUGACACAGACAAGGGGAGGAAAGUGUGAGCUGACAAGUUCCAAGAAAAAUACUGUGUUGUAGUCCUUGUUUCGAUAAUUGUUCUAAAGACUUACCAUGGGCAUUUUGUGCCUGCUAUGGUGCUCUACACUUCUGUACUGCUCUUCAUCGUCAAAUGUUUUUGUUUGUGACAUUGGACCAAACUCAUUAGUGUUAAGAUUGUUUCCAAGCGUAAGUGGAUUAGCCUUUCGACAAGAUGAUAGGUGACAUUAUUACCAGCAAUAAUUCUCAGGGUUUUUGUGACAGCUGUCAGGAAAUUAUUUCAUUCAGAACAAUUGUCUUGGUCACUGUGGUUUAUUUCAUUUCAUUAUUUCUGAAAAGAAUCUAAUUAGAUUAGCUGGAUAACACUCGCUAGCUUUCUAUAGCUGCUCACCAUACAUUUGUUUUAUUUUGGAGGACAACAGGUAGAGGAAUGACUUAAGAUCUGUGAAGUCUCUUUACACAAGUUUCUUCUGUUGAAUUGAGUUUCCUGCUUGUCAGUACCUUGACUGUUGAUAAUUUGACUUCCUUACUCAUACACAGUGAAAUUCUAGCUCCUACAAAGUUUGGUUCACUUCAGCAAUGGCUGAUUUGCGUUUAGUUUUUGUGUCUUUUCAUUGGGAGUGAACUGGUCUGUGGAUAGAUGGUGUAGUUGCUUAAGACAGAGCCCACCUCAGACUGUCCUUGGGACCUUCUCUGAGUGAUCUGUGGCUAGUGUUUAGAAAUUCUGCACCGGUUAACACUCUUCCCUCCAACAGUACCGCAAUCAGACAGGCUCUCCGGCCAAUCAGUCUCCAACCUCCCCAGUCUCCAAUCAAGGCUUCUCCCCUGGCGGCUCGCCUCAAGUAAGGGCGAAACCACCAAGCUGCCUUGUUGGGGGAGGGUUUUUUGCCUGGAAUUGGCUGUAAUUGGUCCAGCUGCUACUCAUCCCAGCCUCUCGCUACCAUCCAUGGUGUCAGCAAUCCCACCCCCAUUUCCUCUCCUCCAGACCACUGCUCGAUGUCUGCUUAUCAUAUUGGCUCAGGUCUUUGAGUGUUUUUGCAUAUCAGCUUUUUGUGCUUUUGCUUGAACCAAAUAUACACUACAUGGCCAAAGUAUGUGGACACCUCUUCAAAUUAGUGGAUUCGGCUAUUUCGGCCAUAUCCGUUGCUGACAAGUUUAUAAUAUUGAGCACACAGCCAUGCAAUCUCCAUAGACAAACAGAAUGGCCUUACUGAAGAGCUCAGUGACUUUCAACGUGGCACCGUCAUAGGAUGCCACCUUUCCAACAAGUCAGUUCGUCAUAUUUUUGCCCUAAUAGAGCUGCCCCGGUCAACUGUAAGUGCUGUUAUUGUGAAGUGGAAACAUCUAGGAGCAACAACUGCUCAGCCGUGAAGUGGUAGGCCACACAAGCUCACAGGACGCGAACGCCAAGUGCUGAAGCACGUAGCGCGUAAAAAAUCAUCUGUCCUCGGUUGCAACACUUACUACCGAGUUCCAAACUGCCUCUGGAAGCAACGUCAGCACAAUAACUGUUCGUCGGGAGCUUCAUGAAAUGGGUUUCCAUGGCUGAGCAGCCGCAAUGCCAAGCGUCGGCUGGGGUGGCAUAUAGCUCGCCGCCAUUGGACUCUGGAGCAGUGGAAACGCGUUCUCGCGAGUGAUAAUUCAUGCUUUACCAUCUGGCAAUCCGACGGAUGAAUCUGGGUUUGGCGGAUGCCAGGAGAACACUACCUGCUCGAAUGCAUAGUGCCAACUGUAAAGUUUGGCGGAGGAGGAAUAAUGGUUUGGGGCUGUUUUUUUAUUGUUUGGGCUAGGCUCCUUAGUUCCAGUGAAGGGAAAUCUUAACGCUACAGCAUACAAUGACAUUCUAGACGAUUCUGUGCUUCCAACUUUGUGGCAACAGUUUGGGGAAGGCCCUUUCUUGUUUCAGCAUGACAAUGCCCCAGUGCACAAAGCGAGGUCCAUACAGAAAUGGUUUGUCGAGAUCGGUGUGGAAGAACUUGACUGGCCUGCACAGAGCCCUGACCUCAAUCCCAUCGAACACCUUUGGGAUGAAUUGGAACGCCGACUGCGAGCCAGGCCUAAUCGCCCAACAUCAGUGCCCGACCUCACUAAUGCGCUUGUGGGUGAAUGGAAGCAAGUCCCCGCAGCAAUGUUCCAACAUCUAGUGGAAAGCCUUCCCAGAAGAGUGGAGGCUGUUAUAGCAGGAAAGGGGGGGACCAACUCCAUAUUAAUGCCCAUGAUUUUGGAAUGAGAUGUUCGACGAUCAGGUGUCCACAUACUGUUAUCCAUGUAGUGUAUGUCCUGUGAAUAUGCAGCACCUACCUGGAACCUUAAUUAUCAUUAUUUUUAGUUUUGGAUAUGCCAACCCAUUUGUAGCAGCUUUGGUUGUCUCCUGUUGGCAUACAGUGGUUUAUUGAUUAAUUUUGGGGGAAAUAUCCUGUUAACAAUGCUAAGUGUCAGGUGUGAGAAAUGGGUUUAACUCUUUCUAUACUGAACAAAAAUAUAAAUGCAACAUGUAACGUGUUGGUCCCAUGUUUUAUGUGCUGAAAUAAAAUAUGCCAAAAAUGUUCCAUAUGCACAAAAAGCUUAUUUCUCUCAAAUUUUGUGCACAAAUUUGUUUACAUCCCUGUUAGUGAGCAUUUCUCCUUUGCCAAGAUAAUCCAUCCACCUGACAGGUGUGGCAUAUCAAGAAGCUGAUUAAACAGCAUGAUCAUUUCACAGGUGCACCUUGUGCUGGGGAAAAUAAAAGGCAGAUCUAAAGAUUUGCAGUUGUGACACAACACAAUGCCACAGAUGUCUCAAGUUUUGAGGGAGUGUGCAAUUGGCAUGCUGACUGCAGGAAUGUCCACUAGAGCUGUUGCCAGAGAAUUGAAUGUUCAUUUCUCUACCAUAAGCCGCCUCCAAUGUCGUUUUAGAGAAUUUGGCAGUACGUUCAACGUGCCUCACAACCGCAGACCACGUGUAACUACGUUAGCCCAGGACCUCCACAUCCGGCUUCUUCACCUCCGGACAGCUGAUAAAACUGAGGAGUAUUUCUGUCUGUAAUAAAGCCCUUUUGUGGAGAGUAACUCAUUCUGAUUGCCUCAGUCCACCCAUGGCUGCGCCCCUGCCCAGUCAUGUGAAAUCCAUUAUAUUAGGGCAUUAUUUAUUUAUUUCAAUUGACUGAUUUCCUUAUGAACUGUAACUCAGUAAAAUAGUUAAUUGUUGCAUAUUGCGUUUAUAUUUUUAUUCAGUAUAGUUCUGUUUGUUGCUGUUCCUGUGAAAGUGUCUGAUCCCAUCAAAACCUAGCCUACCUUUACAUAUACAGUAUUACAGCUGGCUACAGUAAUGUGAUCUUCCAUGGGAAAGUAGCUGUAUAUACGGUAUAUGCUUCAUGUUCCACUUACUUAUUGUGCUGUUUUUUUUAUUUCUGAAUUCCAAAGUUGGGUUUGUUAUAUUGCCAAACUUUGGCAAGUAAUUAUAAUAAUAUAAUAUGCCAUUUAGCAGACGCUUUUAUCCAAAGCGACUUAGUCAUGUGUGCAUAAAUUUUUACGUAUGGGUGGUCCUGGGGAUCGAACCCACUACCCUGGCGUUACAAGCGCCAUGCUCUACCAAUUGAGCUACAAAGGACCACAUUAUGCUUAAAAGGUGGAUACGUCACAACGUUUGUCAAAUGUAAGUAUUACUGGGACAUGUCAGUUUUGAAGGCAUGAAACCAUGUUACAGUUGCUAGCAGAGAGAAGCUGCAGAAGCUAAUUAACUUCACCCCAAAGUUAGCUAGCUAGCAAAAGUCACGCAUUUAUUUACGGUCGGUUCGCUAAUAGCUACCGCUCCAGCACUGUUUUGCUAGCUCAUCCCUCUAAAAAUGACAAGAUGGCUCAUUCUGGAGAUCUAUUGUGAUAUCCUCUUGAUUUUCAUGAUAUUUGUUCAGCUGUAUCAAAUCUUACUGCUGAAACAUUUAUGUGGAUGUGGCUCUUUAUGAAUCAUGCAUUCUAUGGUUAAUUUUUAAAACAUGGGCUGAAUAGGCAUGAUAAAGUGUUAUCAGAUGCUAGUGUUUGUGCAGUCAUGAACAGCCAUUUGCUAACGGUGCUUGAAUUUACUGGCUUGUAGAUUGCCUCAUGCUUGUGCUUUUUGUGACGUUUCAUAACUGUACUGUUCCCUUAUCCCUCAGAUACCCAAGAAAAAGGCUGUACUGAUUAGCUGUAGGCCUAUUAGUUUCCAUAACCCAUUUUUUUUCUCCACUCUAAUCAGUGGUCAAAUGUCUCUUUCAGCACAUUCCAGUGGUGGGCAGUAUAUUUGGGGAUUCGUUCUACGAUCAGCAGCUAGCAUCUCGGCAGACCAAUGCUCUCUCCCACCAGGUGAUUUAACCCACACCAAACUAGGACAGGAAUUUCACUGGCUCUAUUUUCACUGCAACUCUUUCCCCCCCUGAAUGUAUCCAUAUUAGAAAUUGUGCCUGAUCUCUCUAUUCUAUUACCUAACUUGACUUAUUAAACAUGUAUUUUUCACUUUCACUUGCCUAGCUCGAGCAGUUCAAUAUGAUUGAGAACCCCAUCAGCUCCAAUAGCCUAUACAGCCAGUGCUCUACCCUCAACUACACACAAGCAGCCAUGAUGGGCCUUACAGGGAGCAGCCUGCACGACUCCCAGCAGUUGGGUUACAGUAGCCAUGGCAACAUCCCUAACAUCAUCCUCACAGGUACUGAGCAGCUGCUGAGCCAAUUAGCGAGCCUGUCAUGUAAUUCAACUUAUUCUGGCACUGUACACACCUAAUCAAGUAAAUCAUUCCUCUUGGCUUGAUUAGAGUACAUUUUUUUUAUGAAGGUUGGCCAGUAUGAGGAAAACGUAUUUUGUUUUUCUCUUGUUAUAGGUUAUUUGAAUGAAGAAUGUUACUUAAAUAAUAUUGGUAGUUAUCUAACAGCUGCUUUGAUUUACAAAUGUCAAAUGUUUCCCCAAAUGUUGAAUUUUAGUCACAGGUGAGUCUCCACCCAGCCUCUCUAAGGAGUUAACCAACUCACUGGCUGGUGUUGGAGAUGUCAGCUUUGACGCGGACUCUCCGUUCCCAUUGGACGAGCUGAAGAUCGACCCUCUCACCCUGGACGGACUGCACAUGCUCAAUGACCCCGACAUGGUUCUGGCUGACCCUGCCACUGAGGACACGUUCAGGAUGGACAGGCUGUAA